GAAGAGCGCACACGUCAGGUGACCUUUGGCACAGUUGUGUGUCUUUAGCAGCAGCAGCAGCAUUGUUUGCAGACCAGACACACGAACCCAACAUGAACAGAGCUUUGAACAAAACGAGUCUGAAACGUUUGACUGGUUUCCUGCAAAGGUUUCAAAGCACCUUGGUGGUUGCAGAGCACAACAAUGACAACCUGACGCCUAUUACACUGAACGCCAUCACUGCUGCCAGUAAACUGGGUGGAGAGGUGUCUUGUCUGGUUGCGGGAACAAACUGUGCAAAGGUUGCAGAGCAAAUUAGCAAAGUACAGGGUGUGAAGAAGGUUCUGGUGGCUCAACAUGAGUCCUAUAAAGGUGCCCUACCAGAGGAGUUGACUUCACUUAUCUUGGCAACACAGAAACAAUUCACUUUCACCCACAUCUGUGCCGGUGCAUCAGCCUUUGGAAAGAACUUGCUUCCAAGAGUAGCUGCCAAGUUGGAUGUAGCGCCAAUUUCAGAUAUUAUCGAGAUCAAGUCUCCAGACACUUUUGUCAGAACCAUUUAUGCAGGAAAUGCUCUCAGCACUGUGAAAUGUAAUGAACCAGUCAAGGUCUUCACUGUCAGGGGGACUUCCUUUGAGGCAGCUUCCACAGAAGGAGGGAGUGCCACAUCAGAAGACGUGGCUGGUACUUCACCCGCUGGAGUUUCUGAGUGGCUGGAGCAGUCUUUGUCAAAGAGUGACCGUCCAGAGCUGACAAGUGCUAAAGUUGUAGUGUCAGGAGGAAGAGGCCUGAAGAGUGGUGACAACUUCAAGCUGCUUUAUGACCUUGCUGACAAACUGAACGCUGCAGUUGGUGCAUCCAGAGCUGCUGUGGAUGCUGGUUAUGUCCCAAACGACAUGCAGGUUGGACAGACUGGCAAAAUUGUAGCACCGGAGCUGUACAUUGCUGUCGGUAUCUCUGGAGCCAUUCAACACUUGGCAGGAAUGAAAGACAGCAAGACUAUUGUUGCUAUCAACAAAGACCCCGAGGCUCCCAUUUUCCAGGUGGCUGACUAUGGCUUGGUAGCUGAUCUUUUCAAGGCUGUUCCCGAGAUGAUUGAAUCUUUGGGCAAGUGAGAGAAACCUUGUGAAGCUCCACUGCAUGUCGGUAAGAGCGACCUGUGAGAGCCCGUGUGGAGAAGUAAUUACGUCACCAUCUUGUGGACAGCAGAAGGCUCUCACAAUUGAAAUAAAUGCCAGUUUUUAUGAAUAGUGUACAAGCAUUAAUCGUCGAUGAAUACCUUUGUACUUACCUUUGUGCCUCCUGUAGCACGCCAGGGUUGUAACUUGUAUUUUAUAUCAAGGUACAGCAAAAGACAUCUUUGGGAAAAGCUUACCUUGUGUUCAGACUUGUGACUCUCACGUACAGUAGUUGGCUGCAAGAUGGAGCUGUUCAUGUAACCCAAGAGGAUGUAAUUAUUGAGGUGCUCUUGAAAUAAAACCAUUAAAUCCACAA